AUGAAUAAGUUUGUGUACUUUCCACUGACUCUUCUAACAUACCUGCUCAUCAUAUUAGUGAAUUUGACUUUGAUCAUUACAAUCAUUCUUGAAAAAGGCCUUCAUGAGCCUAUGUACAUAUUUCUGUGUAAUCUGUGUAUUAAUGCACUGUAUGGAACUGCUGGUUUCUACCCCAGGUUCUUAUCAGACCUUCUGUCAGAUGACCAAGUGAUAUCAUAUGGUGGAUGUGUGACUCAAGGUUUUGUAAUAUACACAUCGGUCAUGUGUGAGAUUACUCUGUUAACAGCAAUGGCUUAUGACCGGUAUGUAGCAAUAUGCAAACCUUUACAAUAUCAUACAUUACUAGCACCUGUAACUGUGGGAAAAAUAAUUAUCUUUGCUUGGUUAACUUUGUUUGAUGUCUUAAAUGGCUUUUAUGGAGACCAAAAUAUGCCACUUAACCUGCGUAAUCUGAUGGCUUUGCAAUUCCUUAUUAUACCACCUGUAUUUAAUCCUGUUAUUUAUGGUCUCAACCUGCAGAAGGUUCGAACAGCAGUGUUUACAAGGAAAGACAAAAUUAGCUACCAAAAAUAA